CCGGAAUCGUAUCGCGUUAUCGCUCAAUUCGAUUAAUCAUGUCUAUAUUUAAGUUAAGUAGUCUCGGUUAUAAUCGGCGUUUUUUAAUCAAGACUCGAACCACAUAUCGACCCGUUAUUUUGGCGGACCAAUGAGGUGUCUACUUUCAAUAUUUCCUGCCGCUGAACCGGUGUAUGAUUCCGCGAUUUGGAGAGAGACAGACUUACAGCGGGGUCUUGCCGCGAAAAUGAAGAAGGAGAGGAUUAGUGCGAGAUAGUGCAUCGAAUUCAUCGAUAGAAAACAAACGCAACUUUCACGUUUCGUUGCGUUUGUUUUCGUAAUUUGCGCAUGUGCGUAAAACCGAGUCUAGCGGGACCGUCGCGUGCAGUCGCAGUCGCGUGACGAUCGUAGUCGUAUGGGGGUGGUCACGUUCGCUCAAAUGAAUAAAAAUGAGUCGAUAAACAGAUAUGGGCCUCUCGUUGGUGCGAUCGACGAGGGCACAAGCAGUGCCAGAUUUCUGGUCUUUGCAGCCAAUACAGCAGAAGUCUUGACGUACCAUCAAGUCGCAAUAUCUCAAAUUUGUCCACAGGAAGGAUGGAUGGAACAGGAUCCUUUAGAGAUAUUACAAGCAGUUAGGGAAUGUCUUAAUCAAACAAUACACAACUUGAGGCAAUUGACAAUAGAUCCAUCCGAUAUAGUUGCCAUCGGUGUGACAAAUCAAAGAGAAACUACAGUUGUAUGGGAUUCUAUCACAGGAGAACCACUUUAUAAUGCCAUAGUAUGGAUGGACAUGAGAACCACUUCAAUAGUGGAUGAUAUAUUAAAGACUAUACGUAAUAAGAAUAAAAAUUACUUGAAGCCACUGUGUGGCUUACCAAUUAGUCCAUAUUUUAGUGCAUUGAAGCUGAAAUGGUUGUUACAAAAUGUGCCUCGUGUUCAAGAAGCAUUGGCAAAGGAGCGUCUCAUGUUUGGCACCAUUGAUUCUUGGCUAAUUUGGAAUCUGACUGGCGGUGCCAAGGGAGGUGUUCAUAGUACAGAUGUCACAAACGCUUCGAGAACAAUGCUCAUGAACAUUGUGACUCUCAAGUGGGAUCCUACUCUGUUGUCGUUUUUCAAAAUACCUGCCAAGAUCUUACCACGAAUACAAAGCUCGUCUGAGAUUUAUGGUUAUAUACAGGAUGAGCUUUUACAAGGUGUUCCUAUAUCAGGGUGCUUAGGUGAUCAACAGUCAGCCUUAGUAGGUCAAAUGUGUCUGCAACAAGGACUAGCGAAAAGUACUUAUGGCACUGGUUGUUUCCUUCUUUAUAAUACUGGCACAGCUAUUGUGGAUUCAGCACAUGGUUUGUUAACGACAGUCGCUUAUCAGUUGGGAAAGCAUGCUUCUCCAGUGUACGCUCUGGAAGGGUCGAUAGCUAUUGCCGGGGCCCUUAUACAUUGGUUGAAGGAUAAUCUAGAUAUAUUGAACGAUAUAAAAGACUGCGAAAAUAUCGUUGAGCAAAUAUCCAUGGACAACCGCGUGGUUUUUGUACCAGCGUUUGCUGGGCUAUAUGCUCCCUACUGGAGAAAGGAUGCACGCAGCGUCAUAUGUGGACUUACCGAAGAUACAAAUAGCUCGCAUGUUAUAAAGGCAGCUCUGCAAUCGGUAUGCUUCCAGAUCAGGGACAUUUUGGAAGCUAUGAAGGAGGAUACUGGCUUGGUGCUGUCGAAAUUGUUGGUCGAUGGGGCGAUGACGAACAACGACGUACUGAUGCAAAUGCAGGCAGACAUCUGCGGGAUUCCAGUAGUUAGGCCACUAAUGUGCGAGACCACUGCACUCGGAGUUGCGAUUGCCGCGGGAAGCGCGGAAGGAAUACGCAAGUGGGACGUAAAGAUCGAUGCUGCAGUUCCCAGCGACACUUUCCUGCCGACGAUUACUGAAAACGAGCGCGACAUCUUAUACUCGCAGUGGAAACUGGGCAUCGAGAGGAGCUUAGGGUGGGAGACGCUUCCGGAAACUGUUGAUACUGCUGUAAACGAUACAAAUGAUCUACAUAGAGCGACUGCUCCAGGUGUAUUUAUAAUAGGCACUAUAAUAUUACUUAUAGUUGCCAAAUUCAGAUCCACUUUGUAAUAAAUUUGUACGUGUAGUACCAUCUAUUGUACAUUGCAUUUAGACAGGAGCGAUCGAUGCAAUUGAGAACGUGCUUACCAUAGAUGUGAUAUGAUGUACCAUAUAUUUCAUCGUCCCGCUGCGUGUAUGUAAGACCAAGUGUUAUUUAUGAGCCAGGAGAAGGAAGAGUCAGGAAUAAAAAGUGCCAUAAUAUCGUGAUACAGUGACAGAGUCGUUUCGAUUAGAGUGUUAAUAAAUUAUUAAGUUACA